ACUUCCGGAAUAAGGUUGGUACGACUGUGAAAAUCGUAUAGUUUGCCGUAAAAGUCAUUUACAAGUCUUUUAGAUCGAACCAAGAUGUCGAAGAGAGGUCGUGGUGGUUCUGCGGGAGCGAAAUUUAGGAUAUCACUGGGUUUGCCAGUUGGUGCUGUCAUCAACUGUGCCGACAAUACCGGUGCUAAAAAUCUAUACGUCAUAGCAGUUCAAGGUAUCAAGGGUAGAUUGAAUCGUUUACCAGCAGCAGGAUCAGGUGACAUGAUUGUCGCUACUGUGAAAAAAGGCAAACCUGAACUCAGGAAGAAGGUUAUGCCUGCAGUAGUGAUACGGCAACGGAAACCUUUUAGAAGGAAGGACGGGGUAUUUAUAUACUUCGAAGAUAAUGCCGGAGUUAUUGUUAAUAAUAAAGGCGAAAUGAAAGGAUCAGCUAUUACGGGACCUGUUGCUAAAGAAUGUGCAGAUUUAUGGCCAAGAAUUGCUUCCAAUGCUAGCAGUAUCGCAUAAAACAUCCUGUAUAAAUCUUUCAUAAAAUAAAUUUGGACAAGUGUCUUAAGAAUCAUA